AUGGCGGCUGCUGAGGUCACUUUGUCUUCGGGGGAUCUCAUGACGGUGAAGGAGGAGGAAGGGGAGUCCAGUGGCAACAACCAUAAGACUCAAGUCCUCCUGCACCUGCAGCCCAUCCUGCACGGGAUAAAGGAUGACAUUGCUGACACUGGCACUACGGUCUUGGCCAUAGAGACACAUGAUGAAGACAGUAAAGCAGAAGGAGAGGAGAUUGAGUAUGGCUACCCCAUCACCUGUGGAGACAGCAGAGCAGUUCUACUAUUUAAGAAGUUUGUGUGCCCUGGAAUCAACGUCAGAUGUGUCAAAUUCAAUGACCAGCUCAUCAGUCCCAAGCAGUUUGUACAUCUGGCAGGGAAAGCCACUCUGAAGGACUGGAAAAGGGCCAUCAGACUGGGAGGUGUUAUGCUAAGGAAAAUGAUGGACUCCGGCCAGAUAGAUUUCUACCAGCAUGACACUGUGUGCAGCAACACCUGCCGCAGCACUAAAUUUGAUGUGCUGAUCAACAGCACGCGGCUUCCUCCGGGGACCUCAGUGCAGCCAAGCCCGUCAUGUCUGGCUCUUGACCUUGUUGGAGGACAGGUGCCUCCCCUGACAGGAGAGGCUGCGCAUGAUGCAGCAGAGGUAGAGGAGCCUUUGGAGGAGAAGUUCAGUGCAACAGCAGAGUGGAGCAGCUUUCCAGCCCGGGAUGGAAAUCCCAAAACAGCCAACGGACAUGGUGGCAAGAGAAAGAGGGGUGACACACCUGAUGGAGUACUGAGCCUGUGGAAGGGUGUGGCAGACUCUGGGCUAAUGGGGGAGGUCCUGUCCAGUCUCCAGACUGAAUUAUUAGCCACUCUUAAAGGAGUGGAGGUGCGCAGUGAGAAGUCCAACCUGCAGGAGACUGAUGCCGUCAUACUUAAUUCCCUGUGUAAGAUGUUUGGCCUUUUAGACUCAGUGAAACAAGCUCUGGACCAGAAGCGCAGCCAGGAUGAAGGGAACAAAAUCCAUAACAAUGUUUAUGUGUUGGAUGAGAUUUUGGAGGAGCGGAGGAGGCAGUGUUGUGAUGAAAGCACCUCCUACAAGGCUCUGUCCUUGAAACAGCUACGACCUCACCGUCACAACCCGUCAAACAUUGAAACCCACAACUUGUUGUCUCCUGUCAAAACAAGCCCCAUGAUCCAGCCUCUCUCUGCUACUGGUUUAUCUGCUGCAUCUUACGCUCAGCUCCCCAUCAACCCUCGGCUCUUCACCCAUUUCUCUGCCCCCACGGCCCAGCGUCACCACAUCAGAGCUGGCAGGGCGGACAGAGUCGGCCAUGAUGCCAGGCUGCAGAGGGAACAUGAGCGCAGUGAGACGGGGAACCUGGGGAAGCUUUGCAGGCUGUUACAGGAAGGUGAGGACACUUUAGACAUCCACAAAGAGCCUGGACAGAGGAAUGUUAAGUAUCAAGAAGACCAUCACCUUAGAAGUGAGGAGGUAGAGGAGACAGCCGGCUUGCGUGUUAUUGACAAGGUGGUUAUAGGAAGAAAGACAUCAAAGAAACAUAAAAGUAAGUGA